CGGGGCUAGGGGCGGGGCCCCGUGGGGCUCGCACUGGCUCGGUCCCGCGGUGACGGCGGCAGCGGCAGCGGCGGCGGAGGGGACUAACGUCGGGGUGCCGCGCCGAGCGGAGCUAGAUCCCGGGGGAGCGCGGUCUGCGCAUGUGAUGAAAGUGUCUACUCUCAGGGACAGCUCAGCCAUGGCUUCCCCACCGCCCCGGGAGAUGGAGGAGGAGCUGGCGCCUGCUGGCUCUGAGCCAGGAGACCCUCGGGCCAAACCCCCUGUCAAGCCCAAACCCCGGGCCUUGCCUGCCAAGCCAGCCCUGCCUGCCAAACCCAGCCUGCUGGUACCUGUCGGGCCUCGGCCCCCCCGGGGUCCUCUGGCUGAACUGCCUUCUGCCCGGAAAAUGAAUAUGCUGGCAGGACCCCAGCCCUAUGGGGGCAGCAAACGUCCCCUUCCCUUCGCACCAAGGUCUGUGGCUGAGGUCUCUGCUGGAGGAGAAGCCACCCAAGAGACUGGCAGAGAGGAGGCUGGGAAAGAGGAGCUGCCCCCUUUGACGCCCCCAGCGCGAUGUGCUGCCCCAGGGGGUGUGCGGAAGGCCCCUGCCCCCUUCCGGCCAGCCUCAGAGCGGUUUGCAGCCUCCACAGUAGAAGAGAUCCUGGCCAAGAUGGAUCAGCCACGGAAGGAGGUCCCUGCCAGUCCUGACCGCCUCUGGGGCUCCCGCCUCACCUUUAACCAUGAUGGCAGCUCCCGAUACGGUGCCAGAACCUAUGGCAUGGCCACUGCUGCCAGAGAGGAAGAUGACAAGGCCCUCGCCCACGGUUGUUCCCAGGAGGGGCCAGCAAAGAGUCCCAAAGAGAGCCAGGAAAAACACAGCAAGACCCCUGAGGAGAGGAAUCCCCCUUCCAACCAGGCUGUCAAUGGGGACCUGACUAAGCCGGCCAGCUCUGAGCCACCUACUGACGUUUCCAAGCCCUUGGUCCCCUCAAGUCCAGGUCUUGCCUCAGAGUGUGGAGGCAGUGUGGGCCUCCCUGCUGAAGUCUCUGAUCCAGCCCCUGGGUUUCUCCAGCCUCGCUCACUGAAUGAGAGCUCUCCCUGCCACUCUCAGCUGCCAGAAGCCCAGAGUCCCACACUUCCCAAGGCUUCUCCUUGCCUCCCUGUGACUCCAUCACCCCCAAGUGCAGCCCUGCCUGAUGAGGGCCCCUGCCUUCACCCUGGCCCGGGGCUCCCUGAUGCAGCCACCCCACAGGCCCCCAGACCCAGCAGCCCUCCCCUUGAGAAGGUCUCAGGGCGCCACAGCCCAGAGCAGCCCCCAGCCAUUUCGCCCCGGCCUCUGCUUGAGGGGGAUGUGUUGCUGGAUCUCACGCGGACGUUUCCAUCUGGGGAGGAAGUGGCAGCAGCCAAGCGGGACACAGACCUCCGCCCCGUCAGCCUGGCUCAGCGCCGAUUCUCUGAGGGUGUACUCCGGCCGCCUAGCCAGGACCAGGAGAAACUGGGGGGCUCGCUAGCCGCCUUGCCGCAAACCCAGGGGAACCAGUCAAACCUGGAUCGUCCCUUUGGGAGUGGGACAGAGUCCAACUGGAGCUUGUCACAGUCAUUUGAAUGGACCUUUCCCACACGGCCCUCAGGAUUGGGCGUGUGGCGACUGGACUCCCCACCCCCUUCCCCCAUUACAGAAGCCAGUGAAGCUGCUGAGGCCGCUGAGGCCAGCAGCUGGGCUGCGUCCAGCAGGGAGGAAGGAGUGUCCCAGCAAGGACAAGUGACCCCCACAGCUCUAGAGGUCCCAGGAAGGCCUGUUUCCUGGGUACAGGGGGAUGAUCCGGGCAUCUCUGUACACCAAAAGGAUGACGAACAGAGUCAGCCUCAGUCCCCAGCUGACUCCCUUCAGCCUCCAUCUAUAGCAGAGGGCCCAUCUGGAACACCCUUGCUGCAGGCAGAGGAGAGAUAUGAGGAUCGGGAGCCCCCGACCGGACAGGAGUCCCCCCUCCCUCUGGCCACCAGGGAGGCAGCCCUGCCCAUGCUGGAGCCAGUCCUGGGGCAGCAGCAACCAGCACCUCCUGACCAGCCCUGUGUCCUCUUUGCUGAUGCCCCUGGCCCUGGACAAGCAUUGCCUGCUGAGGAGGAGAUGGUGACCCUAGCUCGGGCUGAGGCCACCCAACCCAGGACAGAGGCCCAGGAAUCCUGUAGGGCAUCCCCUGAGCCUGCAGGCCCUGAACGCAGCUCUCGCUGGCUGGAUGACCUCUUGGCUUCACCCCCACCCAGCGCUGGCAGUGCUAAGCGGGGAGCCGGAUCUGACGCACAGUCCCCAAGUACCUGCUCCGAGGGACUCCUUGGCUGGGCUCAGAAAGAUCUGCAGAGUGAAUUCGGGAUUGCAGCAGACCCACAUCCCAGCAGUUUCAGUCCUUCUCGCUGGUCCCAAGAUGCUUCUCAGGACUAUGGCCUUGGGAGUACAAGCCCUAGAGGAGACCCAGGCCCUGGGGAGAGGGACUGGCCCAGCAAGUAUGGGCAAGGGAUAGGAGAAGGAAGCAGUAGGAAGUGGGCCAGCAGGUGUGGCCUGGGCACAGAAGGAGUAGAGGUCAGCAGCAGCCAGGACCGGAGUGAAGUGUCUGCCCCAGGGGCUCUCACCGCCCUCGACAGGGUAGUUGGAAAGCCAGCCCAGCUCGGCAUUCAGGGCCAGAGCCAGGAGGCAGAUGCUCAGGAGUGGGAAUUCAGAAAGAGGGAUUCCCAGGGCACUUACUCCAUUCAGGAUGCAGAACUGCAGGACCAGGAAUUCGGGAAGAAAGACUCGCUCCGUACUUAUGGCAGUCGAGAUGCAAGCCUUCGGGACUGGGAAUUUGGGAAGAGGGACUCACUGGAUUCUUAUGCCAGCCAGGAUACAGAAGAACAGGCCCGAGAAUUAGGGACGAAGGACCACGGCAGUUACAGCAGCCAGGAUGCUGAGGAGCAGGACCGGGAGUUUGAGAAGAGAGAUUCUUCACUUGGCAACCAUGGCAGCCAGGGUGUGGCACAGCAGGACCAGGAGUUUGGGAAGAGCGCUUGGAUGAGGGACUACAGCAGCUCCCAGGCCCUCGAUGCCCAGGACAGAGGCUUCGGAACGAGAGCCCUGAGCUCUGGGCUCAGCGCUGAGGACGUCCAGCACCAGGAUGAGGAGUUUGAGAAGAGGACUCUGAGUGGCGAGGACAGCCUUGGCGAGGCCAGCAGGAGUGCAGGCCGACCAGAGGAGGGAGAGGCAGGGGGCCUGUUCAGCACUAGCACCCCCCAGUUGCAGGAUGACACCCUUGGUCAGAGAGACCAGAGCACCUGGCAAGACAGUGACACUGGCCAGCAAGUUGGAGGGCUGCAGGAGAGACUGCAGGCAGGUGCUCAGUGCCAUGGCGAUGCUGACCGGGAAGAUGGGGAGAUAGGGAAACGAGGCUGGGCUGGGGAGUUCAGCCUCGGUGUCACGCCGCAGCCAGAGGCAGCAUUUAGUCUGGGGCGGCAAGACUGGAGCGGGGACUUGUGCAUCCAGGCCUCCGAGAGGAGUUAUCAGUUUGGCAUCAUUGGCAAAGACAGAGUGAGCGCUUCCGGCCUGAGCCCUUCCACCAAGAUGGGAAGUGGGCACUUUGAACCUCCGGGGGAGACCUCCCCUGGGCACAUGGAUUGGGCUGAUCAGCUGGGUCUCAGGAACUUGGAAGUGUCCAGUUGUGUGGAUUCUGGGGGUUCUAGUGAGGCCAGAGAGAAUGCCAUGGGACAGAUGGGCUGGUCAGACAACCUGGGCUUGAGAGAUGGGGACAUAGCCAGCCGCUUGGAAACUGGAGGUUCUGAAGAGCCUAGGGGCAUCGGAGUUGGGGAGAAGGACUGGACCUCUGAUGUUGGGGUGAGAAGCGGAGAUUUGGCUGGAGCAGGGGAUGUAGGGGGACACAGCCAGGCCAGGGAGAGUGGCGUGGGGCAAACCGACUGGUCAGGUGUGGAGGCUGGAGAGUUCCUUAAAUCCAGGGAGCGUGGAGUUGGACAAGCAGACUGGACACCUGACCUUGGGCUGAGAAAUAUAGCCCCGGGGGCAGGCUGUAUCCCCAGAGAACCCAGAGAGCUUGGGGUGGGGCAGGUGGACUGGGGCAACAAUCUGGGUCUGAGGAACUUAGAGGUGUCCUGUGAUGUCGAGUCUGGAGGUUCUCGGGGCUGUGGAGUGGGGCAGAUGGACUGGGCCCAGGACUUGGAGUUUCGGAACGUGGAGCUCACUGGGGCCCCAGGUGAAGCCAGGGAGCAUGGGGUAGGGGAGGUGGGCUCUGGCCCAGAGCUAGGCCUCAGGAACAAUGGUGGCUUGUCCCCUGGCCUGGAGGCCAGAGACCCCUUGGAGGCCAGGGAGCUGGGGGUCGGCGAGACAAGUGGGCCAGAGUCCAAGGAUGAAGACAACUUCUCGCCCUCCUUGGAGACCGGCUCUGAAGAUCUCAGAGUGGAGACAGGAGAAGCCCCAGGCUUUGGAACCAGCCCUAGCAGGUGUCUGGCCCACUCCCCAGGCCUCCUGGAGGAGAUGCUGGCAGCCAGCAGCUCCAGGACAGAGGCCCGAAGAGAGUCUGCAGCCUCAGGCCUCAGAGUCCUGAUGGAGGAGGAAGGAGCCACAGCAGGCGCUGAGCAAGGGGAACCUGCUGAGCCCAGCAGGGACCCUCUGCCCUCCUGGAGGCCCCAGCCCGAUGGUGAAGCCAGCCGAACAGAAGAGGUGGAUGGCACCUGGGGCCUCACAGGGACAGGGCGCAGCGAGCAGACGCUGGCCCCCACCCCGACCUCUUGGCGACCCUCCCAAGGCCCUCCCCCCACCUGCCCCAGUCAGGACUUCUCCUUCAUUGAGGACACCGAGAUCCUCGACAGUGCCAUGUUUCGGAGCCGUGCCAACCUGGGGCGCAAGCGAGGACACCGGGCCCCGGCCAUCCGACCUGGGGGUACCCUGGGCCUGUCGGAGGCAGCAGACUCGGAUGCACGCCUGUUCCAAGACUCCACGGAGCCACGGGCUUCUCGGGUGCCAUCUUCAGAUGAGGAGGUAGUAGAGGAACCUCAGAACCGCCGGACGCGGAUGUCCUUGGGCACCAAGGGGCUGAAAGUCAACCUCUUUCCUGGCCUGAGCCCCUCAGCCCUGAAGGCUAAGCUACGUCCCCGGAACCGCUCCGCUGAGGAAGGGGAAGUGGCGGAGAGCAAGUCAGGCCAGAAGGAGGCUGCAGUCCAGCGUUCCAAGUCCUGCAAAGUCCCAGGGCUGGGGAAGCCCCUUGCAUUACCUCCUAAGCCAGAGAAAUCCUCAGGGUCAGAAGGAUCAUCACCCAACUGGCUGCAAGCCCUGAAGCUCAAGAAGAAGAAGGUCUGAGACAUCACCGAGGUCCUUUCCAUUUGGCAGUCUCGGGCAGUGCCCGUUUCUGUGGGGUGCCUGAUGGAGGAGGCAGCUGGAACCCUGCUGUGCCCCAGGCUGCAGCCUGUCCCCUCGCCCUCUGAGGAGUGUCUGGGAGGCACGAUUAUGCACUUUGUAUCACCUUCCCAACUUGUCCCCACACCUUCCCUCCCAGCCUGGAUUCCGUCACUGGUGGUCGAAGGUUUUUGUCCUUCCCUCUCUGUCCUCCUGUCUCUCCGCUUCCUCCUCCAGCCUCCCUUGGGUUUUCUUUUGAUACCAAUUUAUAGCAUUUUUUAUAAAGCCUUUGAUUUUUGUAAUGGGCAGAGCCCUACCCCAGUCCCACUCCAGGUCUCCCUCUACCCUGCUAGGUGCCCCACAGAGACCAAUGACAUUUUACCACUUGAAACAAUAAAUACAAUUUUU